AUGCCUAAGAAUACCCCGGCUCCUGAUGAGCCUGCCGUUACCUUCAGUUCGGGCUCUUCGGCACCUGUUGCCCUGCGUAUCCUCCAUCUCAACGAUGUCUACCAUUUGGAACCUUCUAGCGCCGAGCCGGUGGGCGGUGUUGCUCGUUUCGUGACCGCCGUCAAUGAAUACCGCAGCCACGAACGUUUUCAGGGCCAGCCCGAGCUAGUGACUCUAUUUUCGGGCGAUGUCUUCAACCCCAGCCUAGAGAGCUCCGUCACCAAAGGUGAACACAUGGUUCCCGUCUUGAACAAGAUCGGCGUCGACUGCACUUGCGUUGGUAACCAUGACUUCGACUUUGGCGUCAAGCAAUUCGAAACCUUGACCGCAAAGUGCAACUUUCCCUGGCUGCUCGCCAAUGUCCUGGAUCCGGCCCUGGGUGAAAACGUGCCCCUCGGAAAUGCCAAGCACACCCACAUGCUCACAUCUUCCAACGGCAUCAAGAUCGGUCUCAUCGGCCUGGGCGAAAGGGAGUGGCUCGAGACCAUCAACAGCUUGCCGCCCAACAUCAUCUACAAGUCCGCCAGCGAGACCGCCAAGGAACUGGUUCCCCAACUUCGUGCCCAGGGUGCUGAUAUCAUCAUCUGUCUCAGCCAUCAGCGCGAGCCAAACGACAACAAGCUUGCCGAGAAGACGGACGGUCUUAUCGACAUCAUCCUGGGUGGUCACGACCACUACUACGCACACAGUCUCAUCAAGGGUACCCAUGUGCUGCGGUCCGGCUCAGACUUCAAGCAGUUGAGCUAUGUGGAGGUCCGGAAGAGGGAGGACGGCUCGGGCAAGUGGGACUUUGACAUCUUGCGACGCGACAUCGUCUCGUCCAUUGCCGAGGACCAGGAGACGUUGAAGCUCACCGAGGAUCUGACCUCGAAGCUGAAACACAGCCUGGCCAAGUCCAUCGGCUGGACAGCCUCACCCUUGGAUGCGCGCUUCACCACAGUCCGAAUGAAAGAAAGCAACAUGGGAAACUUUGUCUGCGACGUCAUGAGACACUACCACAACGCCGACUGUGCCAUCAUGGCUGCCGGGACGAUCCGUGGUGACCAGAUCUACCCGCCGGGUGUGAUCAGGGUUAGGGACAUCACCAACUGCUUCCCCUUUGAGGAUCCCGUCAUCUUCAUCCGGGUAACGGGCCAGCAGCUGUGGGAUGCUCUGGAGAACGGCGUCUCCCAGUAUCCGGCGCAAGAAGGCCGCUUUCCCCAGGUAUCCAAUAUAGAGUACACCUUCGACCCAAGCAAGCCGCCUAGCUCUCGCAUUGUUGCGGCCAGCGUCGGCGGCGAGGCCAUCGACCCCGAGAGAAAGUACACUGUCGCGACUCGAGGCUACAUGGGCCGAGGAAAAGACGGAUUCACUAGUCUCCUCGUCGAGCCGGAAGGCGGAACCGCCGAAGAGAUCGUCUGCGAAGAAAACGGCAUCCUCAUCUCCGCCAUGUUGCGCCAGUACUUCAUGAGUCUCAAAACGGUCGGCCAGUGGAAGAACCUCAGCGAGAACUGGCUCAAGGUUGCCGAGAAGUGCCAUAGCCCCGUCGAGCCGCGCAAAAUUUGGGAGACGCCCGCCGAGACGGGCACCUCGGACCCCCGUCCAAAGGUCGAGUCCAACUCGUGGGCCGACUGGAUGGUCAGGCGGCACGCGCUGAACACGAAGACCCCCAAUGACGAAUCGGACGACGAGUCGGACGUCGCCGACGACGAGGCGGAUAGUGUCGCGCAAAUCGACAUGGAGUUGCUCAUUAUGCGUAAGUUCUUCGCCCGGUGGGCCAAAAAGGCGGGCGUCAAGGCCGACGUGUGCGAUCCCCUGCGGGAGGGCGAGUUCACGGUGGACUGGACCAGGGUCAUUGCACCCGUCCUGGAGGGACGUAUCAAAAUGGUUGGCUAG